UGACUGUACCCCGUUAACAAACAGGCUCGGAAAGUAAUUAAACAUCACAACUACCAAACGUCUUCUCCUCACCUUUAUCCACUCUUAACACCGGCAACUUGUAUUACCAUGCCCUUCUAACCCCUCGCCUCUCUCUUCAUUCCCAAACACUCACCGGCUAAACCCGUAAAAACGUAGCCACAUCCAACACAAGAAAUUACAUUAUAAUCUAGUAUGCUGCGCGGUGACUGUUGCUGUGGUUUCGUCCCUAGCUGUCAACUAUGAGUGCUUUAAACAAUCUAGAAACAAUGCUCACAGUUCUCUUCUCGGUCUGUCUUGCCGCCCUGGUCUUCGAGAUCCUCUACGUUCUAUGGCGCUGGAGAAGAUUCCACCGACGUAGUGUUACAAGCUCCGGUGCUGAUGGGGAAUUCAGUAGUAGCAGCGAAUCACUCUACAUGACGCCGUCUAAAGAGCUUCUCUACUUCUUCUGCUGGAAAAGCCAAUCGAUUCGCAUCGAACCGGACUCGAAAACACCACCAGCGGCCUCCGCGGCGGUUACGACAGUUCCCGCAGAUGGUGAAGAUGCGUUGGUGGAGGAGAUGUUGAAGUUGCACGGAAUGUACGGACCUUCGAGAGUUUUGUUUACGAUCAAGGAAGAGGACAGGGAGGAGAUGGAGAUAACUGAGAACGACGAAUCGUCUAUAGAGAACGUUGUUGAAAGUAAGGAGAGAGAGAUGAGCAGCAGUGAUGUUUGUUUUGAAGAGAUAGCCGUUGCUAAUGAUGUGGUUGUUGAUGUCGAGGUCGAGGAUGUGACGACGCCGUUCUGGACGCCAUGUGCGUCUCCUCAGAAUUAUUAUUCUCCUUCACCUUCUCCUCCUCGUGUCGUUUUAGGUGAUUCUGUUGAGAACACGAUGUCGUUUGCUAGCAUAGAAAUUCAUGGUUAGAAAGUAGUUCGAGCCACAAAAAAAGUGGAGCCGGCCGGUUAUUGGGUUGCCGGAGUAAUUAUUAUAAAAUGGUUUCUCCAUGUAUUUUGUUUUAGAAAAAUGGCGGCUCUCUUUUACUUGUA